UCUGAGAGCACUAAGACCAUGUAGAGUCGGCUUCCACCCUGUGCACUGUCUAUAACUGAAUGCAUGUGUCUUCCUCCUACUAUCUGUGUGUCUGUAUCACAGCAGCAGGUGGUGGUAUACUGCUGCUGCUGCAACUCUUUACAUAGGUAGCUCAGUCUAUCCUCACCCAAUGCAGAGGCACUUUCACACUAAAGGGGAGUUCCAGCAAACUCUGGGAUCUGCUACCUCUCAAGUGAAUCCAGGAAUUUAUCAAACUUCUCCCUAUCCAAUGAAACACAGAGCAAAGGAACAAGUCAGAUCAUCCCUGUCUGUCCUCUUCAUCACAGACUCCACAAGGAAGAUCUCCCCACCAGCAGCAUCCAGAACCUAUGGGUUUCCCUCCUCCAUCUCCAGGGACACAAAGCAGCCAAGUUUUCUUAAGAAUUUCUACAGCAUCCACUUCUGUACAUCUUUUUAACUAGUUGAGGAAACUAUGACAUUUUUGGAGCAUCAAUUCCCAAUUUAUGGUGUAUUUCCAUAACACAGAAUUACAUUUAUAACUAGAAAAUUUGGCAAAGAAGACAGAGAACUAUAUUCUAAUCCCCUCUACAAGGACCAUUCGCCAUGAACAGCUUAAUAGAUUAAGAUGUGAAUUAUUUUAUCCAGAAUGAAACAUAAAGACUUAAGGAGAAAGUAGAUCCUAGAUUUGCUUCUUUUUACCUUGGAUUAAAAAAACAAUUUAUCCCAUGCAGUGAAGCACUUACCUGCAUGAUAAUCUGGAUUUCCAGGUGUCCUUCUCUACUGUAUACAAAGCACUUUUUGGAGAUACCAUAACUAUGCUGGGACUAUCUCAUCCUGGAGAACCAUUCAGAAGUCAUCCCAAAAUGUCCUCAUCUCCAGGAUUAAGGCAUUGCCACAGGACAGUAGCUUCAUCCGAAAAUGUCCAAACCAACUGCAGGAUGUAUGUUGCCUAUCUACUAAUACUGCUUAUUCUGACUCCAAGAGUUGAUUCUUCAUGGUGGUACAUUGGCGCACUUGGAGCAAGAGUGAUAUGUGAUAACAUCCCGGGGCUUGUUAACAAGCAGAGGCAACUUUGUCAGAAGCAUCCGGACAUUAUGCAAGCCAUUGGUGAGGGGGCUAAGGAGUGGAUCAGAGAGUGCCAGCAUCAGUUCAGGCACCAUCGCUGGAACUGCAGCACCCUGGACAGAGAUCACACAGUCUUUGGUAGAGUCAUGCUAAGAAGUAGCCGAGAAGCAGCUUUUGUCUAUGCAAUUUCUUAUGCUGGAGUGGUGUAUGCAAUUACCCGUGCUUGCAGCCAAGGAGAACUGAAAUCAUGUAGCUGUGACCCAAAAAAGAGAGGGCGCUUUAGAGAUGAAAGGGGAGAAUUUGACUGGGGAGGCUGCAGUGACAACAUUGACUUUGGAAUUGAAUUUGCUAAAGAUUUUGUGGAUGCCAAGGAAAGAAGAGUUAGGGAUGCCCGGGCACUGAUGAACUUGCACAAUAACCGCUGUGGAAGAAUGGCAGUAAAACGUUUUAUGAAGCUUGAAUGUAAGUGCCAUGGGGUCAGUGGGUCAUGCACAUUAAGGACUUGUUGGAAGGCCAUGUCAGAUUUUCGAAAAACAGGGGACUAUCUCAGAAAGAAAUACAAUGGAGCAAUCCAGGUCACCAUGAAUCAGGAUGGUAUAAGCUUCACUGUAGCCAACCAGAACUUUAGAGAGCCCACCAAAAAGGACCUUGUGUACUUUGAGAAUUCUCCUGAUUAUUGUGUGAUGGACAAGUCUGCAGGUUCCCUGGGCACUGCUGGAAGAGUUUGUGACAAGGUCUCCCGUGGGACGGAUGGCUGUGAAGUUAUGUGUUGUGGGAGGGGCUAUGACACCACCCGAAUUACUCGGACAACAAAAUGCGAGUGUAAAUUCCACUGGUGUUGCGCUGUGCGCUGUAAAGAAUGUGAGGAAACAGUGGAUGUGCAUACGUGUAAAGCACCAAAAAGAGCGGAGUGGCUUGACCAGACUUGAACCAAGCAAGGUCUGCUCGUCGGACAAGAAGUCCUGGGCCCCGCAGGAUUCUGGGUAUAAGUGUAGUAUGGCUGCAUGGCUUUUUAUUUAAGUAAUUCUGCAAGGCACUAAAGACAAGACUAUACUUUCCAGGAUAUAGUGUGGACCUUCGGACAAAGGCCAGCUAAGAACCAAUCCUUUUGUAUGAGAAGUUUUGCAAUAAAUAAAUGGUUCUCAAAGUGUGAUUCCUGGUCUACUAGCGGUACUCACCAAACUGCUGCUUUACAGCUUUCUCCUGCUGUGUGGCUUUUAUCAUUAAAGGAGUCUGAUCCUUAUAUGCAAGUGCUUUAGAUCAAUGUGCUACGAGUAUACAUACAUAUAUCGAUGAUAAAAGCAAAAUUAAGUAACCUACUGCAGAAGUCUCCAAAUGAUUCUGUAUUUGGGAACCUCUGCAGCGACAGGAUCGGCAACAGUUCUCCACUUUCAGAAUCAUGGAUACAAUUCACUGGAAGGAUGUAGCUGCACUUAUGCACAUGUUGACAUUUUUAUGGUUAGAGACAUCCUUGUGCUUGGAUUACAGCAAUUCACUUUAUGGGAAUAUGUUUAACCUGGUAAAGUCAACAACUUUUAUGAAGCUGCUUAGAAAGCCAUGGGGAUUUUCCCAAAACUUCUGUUUGAUGAACAUAUACCCAAUGAAGAUCUCCUGUAUCAACUUCUAAAGUAAAAUCAGGAUAAAAAUGGAGAUUAAUUCUGGCUAUAGAAGACUAUGGAUGUGACUGUGACACCCUCCUUUUGUAAACUUGCUUGUAUGAUGUGUAUACUGCUUUAACAUUUUUUAAAGAAAAUCUAUAUAAACUUAUAUUACAACCAUUUUUCUUGUGUUCAUUGCCCAGUGAGGACAGUUUGUAGAACAUUUAUUUAUUCGUAUACAGUAUAAAGAGGAA